UCAGUUUUGCUUUUGAAGCUGACGCCUGCAGCAGCGCGGCUCCCCGCGGGGGGGCGCGCGUCGUCCCGUCGUCAGCUGAUCGCAGGCUGCCGUGACCCCGGCGAGCCGCCGACCGCCGCCUGUCCCCGCAGAGGCGCCGCAGAACCGAACCGUCCGCGGAUGAUCACCAGUGAAGAUGCCUCUGAUUCCGGUCGUCCCAGAGAACCACACUCAUGUCCUGGCCGAGUUCGACUGCCUCGAUUCACUCCUGUCUGCGCUGCGUUUAGACUCUGGCAGGCUCAAGUGUUCUUGCCUGGCGGUGUCUAGGAAAUGGCUUGCAUUAGGAACAUCAGCUGGAGGGCUGCACUUGAUCCAGAGGGACGGCUGGAAGCAAAGGCUUAUACUCACUCACAAGGAGGGAUCCAUCACUCAAGUUGCGUGUUGCCCUCACGAUGAGGACUUUGUUGCUGUUGCAACAAGUCAGGGUCUGGUUGUGGUGUGGGAGCUGCAACUGGAGAGGCGGGGACGUCCAGAGAGAGUCAGCAUGUCCUGGGAGCACAGAGGUCAGACCAUCACAGCACUCUGCUGGGACACCAGCGCACACAGAGUUUUCGCUGGGGACUCAGCAGGCAAGGUGUCCUGUCUUCGCACGGGAUCAUCCAAGCUUGGAAAGGGGUCAGCGUUUGUUAUCUUCCCUGUUCAGACUGUUACUGUCGUGGACUCUAAAGUUGUUCAGCUUGGCUACCAAGAUGGCCGCCUGCUCGCGUCUUCCCUCAGCCGCUGCUACCUCUGUGACACGGAGAAAGAAAAGUUCUGGCGUGUUGGGAACAAGGAGCGUGACGGCGAGUAUGGAGCGUGUUUUUUCUCUCAGAACAGAGGGUCGUUAGUCAGUCAUCCUCCUCUGUUGUUCUGUGCCCGUCCGGGGUCUCGGAUGUGGGAGGCCGGUUUUAAUGGUGAGGUUCUGAGCACCCAUCAGUUCAAACAGCUGCUGGCCUGUCCUCCUCUGCCUCUCAUCACUUACAGGAAUGAACCACAUUACGAUCCCUUGCAGAAGAGCUCCCAAUCACUCGCCUUUUCUAAACUCAUGCAAUUUGGAGACCAACAUUUGUUAACAUGGACUGAUUCAGCCAUUUACAUCUUCACGCCUCAGAAUGGACAAGUGCUUCUGUGGACUGAAGUCAAAGAUUUGGUUGACGUCGCCAUCUACCGCAGUGAGCUCUUCUGUCUCCAUGGCAGUGGGCAUCUGUCCCACCUCACCCUGUUAUCAGCAGAACGCUGUGUUGAGCGUCUGCUACGCAGGGAGUCCUGGCCUUUGGCUGCUGCUGUCUGUUGUAUGUUCCAGCACACUAUCACCACCAGCAGAGCACGAAAAUCAAUUCCCAUCGACCGCCUUGAACAUCUGAAGUCCCAACUCAGUGUCACUACUCAUUUGGACCUAAUUGGACAACUGGAGGAAGUCAUCAACAGAUUAGAGCCUCUGGACUCGGCCUCCAGCAGUCGCAGAAGCAGCAUCUCCUCACAUGAGAGCUUCAACGUCCUAGACUGUGGAAUCUAUCGCGUUAUCAGCCGCAGAGGAAGCCAGUCAGACGAGGAGACAAGCUCCCUCAUCACUCAGUCCCUGUCGGAGGAGGAGCGACUUAAGGAGUUCAGUUCUACACAGGAGGAGGAUCAGGUGGAGCCUGCACUCCAUCCAUCUGUGUCUUCCUCUGGCUCUUGCCCCCACCUUUAUUCAGAUCCACAGAACAGUGAACGCAUGGAAGCUGAGCGAUCAGAGCAAGGCCUGCACUUCCACCUCCCACUCUCAUUCCGCCCCAAACCCCCUCGCAUUGCUCUUCAGGCCGUCAAAGAAAGUGUUUCUAGUUUUGUUAAGAAGACAACAGAGAAGAUCAACUCCGAGCUUUGGCAGCGACCUGACUUCAGAGAGAGUGGACUGGCUGAAAUGUCAGCCAACACAGUGCCAUACUCUGAAGAAAUGGAGCAUGAACUUUAUGACGAUAUGAUCAACACAGAGGCCGACAUGCAGGAACUUCGAUCGGCAACAGGGCAGGCGAUCUCCCAGAGCCACGAUCCUUUGGUGCUAUUGGAUCCAGUCUGUCUUGAAGAAACCCUGCUGGAGUGGCUGCCAGUGCUGGAGCGAGUACUUGGACCUGCAGAGCUUGGGUCCGCUGCUGCACGUAAUUUAACAGGAGAGGAAAAAGAUUAUCUGAACUUCUCCUCAGAGCAAGAAGAGGAAUCUUUAUGUUCAUCAGGAGAAUCAACAGAGUUCGCUACACAGGAGAAAGACAUGAGUCUAGAGUGUGGAGAAAAAGAGGAUCCGUGCGGGUCUGCUGAGAAGGAGCCUGAAGACUCAAACAAGAGGCCCUCAGAGCCUGUGCAGGUGGUGCCCCCUAAAGCUGUACCGUCAGACCUGGUGGCUGACCUCAGCCAGCUGGCCACACUCUACACAGAGCUGAGCUGCUUUAGAAAGCAUAUGGAUGCAAAGGCGCUGGGGUGCACCACUUUUCUUCGUCGCUACUUUUUCCUGCUGGACCAAGAACGCAUACGAAGAAUGUGUCUGCUGUGUUAUCAGGAGCAGCCGCAGCUGCAGCGCUCCUUCAUGGAGGGCAUGUCAGAGCUCACAAAGUCGAGUAAAGAGGUGGAGGUAAUUCAAAAGGGUGAUAUGCUGAGAUCACUGCGGAGUCUGAGAGAGCUGCAGCCCUGGAGCGCACCUCCUCUCCUCGCUCACUUACACAGGCUGUAUGAGAAGCACGGCGAGGCAGCUGUACGUUCGUUUUCCCAGUUCUAUCCUACAAUAACUCCAGCGGACAUAAUGAUCCUGGCACCGCAAAGCCACUUCUUAGCGUAUCUGGAUAACCUGGUGCAAUCACAAACUGAGGAGCACCGGUUGUUGUUUUUACAAUCUCUUCUGGAACCAGAAUCUCUGCGACAGAACUGGCUGGAGCUGGCCCUUACACAUGAUGCUCCUCAACGCUGUGAUACCCUCACCCCUGAUGGAAAGCCAAGGUGGCAUUCACAUUGUUUCAUCUGGGGUUAUGGACGCCUCCUGUCUCUACUGAUUCGCCUCCCGGCAGACAUGUCAUCCAAGCAGAUGAUGGCAGACACCUGCCGUAGUCACGGGUACUGGAUGGGCUACAUCUACCUUUGUUGUGAGCUGCAGCGUCGUACAGAGGCCUUCUCCACCAUUUGCCAUCUUGAUGACACCAGCCUACUGGAGGAACCAGAUGGUGUUGAGCCGCAGACCUUGGACGAGUGGAAGCAGUUGAUUCAGUUGUCUCAACGGUACAGCAGUGCAGGAGAUGCAGAGCAGGUGUCAGGUGUAAAUGGGAGCAGCUGGACCAACGGCUCAGCAGAACGUGGAGGGAAGGUCAGCCCGGAAACACUGACCUUGAUGCUGGCUCGCACAGCUGGGCCAGACCAAGCUCUGGCUGUCCUCCAGGAGUGUGGCCUGCAGCUGGACCUUUCUCCUCACUCUAAAUUGGUCUGUGAACUUCUGAGAGUUGCAGAGAAGAGGCAGAGGGCGAUGAUCCAGACGAUGCUGGAGCGGUGUGAUCGGUUCCUGUGGUCUCAGCAUGCCUGACUCCAGAUCAGCACCUUGUUUGGCUUCUUUAACUAACAGUGUUUGUAAGUCUGCCCGCUAACAAUGAAUAGGUGAAAUAUAAAUAAUCUUUUAUAUUAUUUCAUGGAAUGUGAUUAUUAUCCUUUUACUCACUUGACAAAUGUUAAAUUAAAUUAUUCCAUUGUUAACAAGUAAUGUAUGUAAAUAAAAUACUACAAUAAAGCAAUUGAUCCCUC